AUGAGGAUUGACGAAGAGGCCGACGGAGUCUCCGCCUCCAGGCACCACCUCGUCUUCGCUUACUACGUCACCGGCCACGGCUUCGGCCACGCCACUCGCGUCGUCGAGGUGGUGCGGCACCUGAUCCUCGCCGGCCAUGACGUGCAUGUCGUCACCGGAGCUCCUGACUUUGUUUUCACCUCGGAGAUUCAGUCGCCUCGGCUCUUCAUCCGCAAGGUGCUGCUGGACUGUGGAGCGGUUCAGGCGGAUGCAUUGACAGUCGAUCGCCUUGCAUCUUUGGAGAAGUAUUCGGAGACGGCUGUGGUGCCUAGGGAGUCUAUAUUGAAAACUGAAGUAGAGUGGCUGACCUCCAUCAAAGCUGACCUGGUGGUUUCAGAUGUUGUUCCAGUUGCGUGCCGAGCUGCAGCCGAUGCUGGGAUUCGCUCUGUCUGUGUCACUAACUUCAGCUGGGACUUCAUCUAUGCUGAGUAUGUCAUGGCUGCCGGAAGUCAUCAUCGUACUAUAGUUUGGCAGAUAGCAGAAGAUUAUUCUCACUGUGAGUUCCUGAUUCGCCUCCCAGGAUACUGCCCAAUGCCUGCAUUCCGUGAUGUAAUUGACGUACCUUUAGUUGUGAGGAGGUUACACAGAUCCCGCAAAGAGGUGAGGAAGGAACUGGAAAUUGAAGAAGAUGUCAAAUUAGUCAUUCUGAACUUUGGUGGACAGCCAUCAGGCUGGAAGUUGAAAGAGGAGUUUCUACCCCCUGGAUGGCUUGGCCUGCUCUGUGGUGCUUCGGAGAGCCAGGAGCUUCCACCAAAUUUUAGGAAGCUUGCAAAAGAUGCUUAUACUCCUGAUAUCAUAGCGGCAUCCGAUUGUAUGCUGGGAAAAAUUGGAUAUGGCACUGUGAGUGAAGCCCUUGCAUUCAAAUUACCAUUUGUCUUUGUACGCAGAGAUUAUUUCAAUGAAGAACCUUUUUUGAGAAAUAUGCUUGAGUAUUAUCAAUCCGGAGUUGAGAUGAUUAGGAGAGAUCUGCUCACUGGUCAUUGGAGACCUUACCUUGAGCGUGCAAUCAGUUUAAAACCUUGCUAUGAAGGAGGCACCAAUGGUGGUGAGGUGGCAGCUCAGGUCCUUCAAGAAACAGCUAUUGGGAAAAACUGGGCAUCAGAUAAGCUUAGUGGGGCAAGAAGGUUGCGAGAUGCUAUAAUUCUUGGGUAUCAACUUCAAAGGGUACCUGGACGAGAAAUGGCCAUCCCCGAGUGGUAUGCAAAUGCUGAAACUGAACUUCGAAUUGGAUCACCAACUUGCCAAAUGAGUGAGACUGAUGAGAAGAGCUCCCUAAUGAACUCAUGCAUUGAAGACUUUGAUAUUCUUCAUGGAGAUCUUCAAGGUCUUUCCGAUACAAUGACUUUUCUGAAGAGCUUGGCAGAAUUAGAUUCUGCGUAUGAAUCUGAAAAAGCUACUGAGAAGCGGCGGAAGAGGGAACGGAAGGCUGCAGCUGGACUCUUCAAUUGGGAGGAAGAUAUUUUUGUGGCAAGAGCGCCUGGACGAUUAGAUGUAAUGGGUGGGAUUGCUGACUAUUCAGGAAGCCUUGUCUUGCAGAUGCCCAUAAGGGAAGCUUGCCAUGUUGCUGUACAGAGACAUCAACCAAGUAAACAUAGGCUCUGGAAGCAUGCCCUGGCUCGUCAGGAAGCCAAAGGACAGAGCUCCACACCUGUCCUGCAAAUUGUCUCAUAUGGUUCAGAGUUGAGCAAUCGUAGUCCUACUUUUGACAUGGAUCUAUCUGAUUUUAUGGACGGAGAUCAUCCAAUCUCAUAUGAGAAGGCAAAAAUAUAUUUUUCACAAGAUCCGUCUCAAAAGUGGGCAGCAUAUGUUGCGGGUGUCAUUCUGGUUUUAAUGACAGAACUAGGUGUACGCUUUGAGGAUAGCAUUAGUUUGUUGGUAUCCUCUUUAGUUCCGGAAGGCAAAGGGGUCUCUUCUUCUGCUUCGAUAGAGGUUGCUACAAUGUCUGCUAUAGCGGCUGCCCAUGGAUUAAACAUCAGUCCCAGAGAUCUUGCUUUACUUUGCCAGAAGGUGGAGAAUCAUAUUGUUGGAGCUCCGUGCGGUGUGAUGGACCAAAUGACUUCUGCAUGUGGUGAAGCCAACAAACUUCUUGCGAUGGUCUGCCAGCCUGCUGAGGUACUUGGGCUUGUAGAAAUUCCUAGCCAUGUCCGAUUUUGGGGAAUCGAUUCAGGCAUUAGACACAGUGUUGGUGGUGCGGAUUAUGGAUCUGUUAGGAUAGGUGCCUUUAUGGGUCGGACGAUCAUCAAGUCUACAGCUUCUACAAUUAUGUCUAAAUCAUUGUCCAAUAGCAAUGGGAUGAAUGCUGACGAGUUAGAGGAUGAUGGUCUUGAACUGCCUAAAGCUGAAGCUUCAUUAGAUUAUUUGUGCAACCUGUCACCUCAUAGAUACGAGGAUCUUUAUGUUAAGAUACUUCCCGAGUCCAUACUUGGUGAGGCUUUUCUGGAUAAGUAUGUUGAUCAUAGUGACCCAGUUACAGUUAUUGAUCCGAAGCGUAACUAUGGAGUGCGAGCGCCUACUAGACAUCCUAUAUAUGAAAAUUUUCGAGUUACGGCAUUCAAAGCACUUUUAACAUCUGUAAAUUCAGAUUAUCAGCUUGCGGCUCUUGGAGAGUUAUUGUAUCAGUGCCACUACGGCUACAGCGCCUGUGGCCUUGGUUCCGAUGGAACAGAUAGGCUUGUACAGUUGGUACAGGAGAUGCAGCAUAGUAAAUCAUCUAAAUUAGACGGCGGGGCUUUAUACGGAGCAAAGAUUACUGGUGGAGGUUCUGGUGGAACAGUUUGCGUGGUUGGCAGGAAUUGCCUCAAGAGCAGCCAGCAAAUAUUUGAGAUUCAGCAGAGAUACAAAGCUGCAACAGGGUAUAUGCCAUUUAUUUUUGAGGGCUCAUCACCAGGUGCAGGAAAGUUUGGCCAUCUAAGAAUCCGGCGUCGCACUGUCAAGCUAAAUUAGUAGAAACAAAAUUGAAAUAUAAAUUAUUUUCGAGUAUUUGGUUAACUUUAAAAACCUCUGCAACUACAACUGUACAAUUCUAUUGUGACUCGUUGGCCAAUUGGUAGUAGUUGGUCUUUCAUUCUUGGAAGAAAUUAAGUGAAAAGAUUGG